AUGACGGAAGAUGUGAAAUCAAUAGGGAAAAGAAAAAAACAUGAUAUUAUAAGUGACCUGGAAGUAAAUGGUACAUUUAAAUGGCUCCACUGGCUUGACCGGAAUAUAACUCCCGUCCUAGAGAAAUCAAUGCCACCUGAUCCAAAAUUUACAGAAUCAUCUCAAUCUACACUGAGUCCAAUUGAGAUCGCGAAAAGCAUAUGGGAACGUAAUCAGAGAAUAAUACGGGAACGUCAGGAUCUACUGGUAAUAAACAACAAUCAUUCACGCGAAAUAGCAGAUUUAGAAUUUAUUAUAAAGAAGUCUGAAGAGAUGGAAAAGGUGCGAAUGAAGAUCUCAAAUCUGAGAACACGAUGCAGUGAUAUGAAAGGCGAAAUUGAGAGUUUAAAGAAUUACCUCACAAAAACCACAGAGGAAGUUAAAAGUUUAAAGAAAUCUCUCAAGAUAACUACAGAGGAAAAAGACUAUUGGAUAAAUAGAAUGAGCUGCAUUGCUGGAAAACAACUGAGGGACAAUAACCCCGAGAUCACAGAUCUGAGUGACCCAAAUAGACCACUGAAAUUGGCAGACAAGUUUUCGGAACUUUACGAUAACCAGUGGACCAACGCAAUAGAGUACUUGCAAAAAUCCAAACAGAUGUCAGAGGAACUGGCAAUACAACACUUGUCUACUCUAGCAAAGGAGUGUUACACCUUCUGUUCUAAGAAAGCCUGCAGCCAGCUACAGCAUCUACAGAGAAUAGUCUUCAUGGCUGCUGGUGAUGGUGUCACUUCUCGACCUGAUGACACCAAGGAACCUACCAUAUCUACGACAAAAUUUGUAGCUGAAAUGAAAACAUUGAAAGAUACACGGAAAGAAUGUGCUUAUCUUGCUGAACAAUAUCUAAUUAAGGAUCUGUUACCUGUCCUCUUAAAACCCACUGGUGGCGAACAUCAGGACGCUAUCAUGACAGAGUAUAUAUCCGAGUGCAUCGCGUUGUGUUGGACUAUGGUGGUACAAGACCCACCGGUGGAGCUCUACUGGCCUCAAAGCGAAAAAGGAAGCACCAUAGAUAGGGAUAAGUUUAAUCUGUACACGAAAUCUGGAACUCGACUAAACCACGUUGUGUGGCCGGCUCUACAGUUAUACAACCAUGGCCCACUUCUCAAAAAAGGGGUCGUUCAGGCUCUCUAACAUUUUAUCA